GUAUAAAUGUGGGCAACUUAACAUAUCAGUCACUAGUUAAUUCGUGAUUAACUGAAGAUAUUAGUUGGCACGUAUUCUGGCUUGACGAUCAAUCAUGAGACACCAAAUUUGUCUUCUUUGGGCAUUGUUAUUCUUGGUUUCUAGCACCGUUCAUGGUUGGCCUUCCAUCUCAACCAUGCUCAGUAACUACCCAUUGUACGAAUCCUAUUCUACCAAUCAAAUGAUUGACUUGGCAGGCCUCCCCACGUGGUUGUACGGAUCCAAUACGUGCGCAAUGAGAGUCAGUUAUGCCAUGAUCAAAUCAGGAUAUACGAUAAAUAUUAGUAGCGGACAGUUCAACUGGUCCGGGGUACGUGCAUCCCGUAAAGGAAACGAAAAGUACAUUAUCCGUGUAGCUACAUGGAGACGUUACUUGGAGAGCAAGAAGGGCUUAGCUGAUGUCGUGUCUACCAGCCAAUCCUCUUAUUCAGGAAAGAAAGGAAUCAUAGUAUUCCAGGACUGCGGCUUCGUAACAGCUACCGGCCAUGUUGAUUUGUAUGACGGUAGUGACUGCAAGGGGCACUGCUACUUCAGUAGUUGCAACAACAUUCGUUUGUUCGAGUUCAGCUAAGCAGGCAUCACGGAGGUUAACUUGAAAGGAUUGUCCUCAAGUUAAGAUAAAAGAAAAACACAUCCGUGGAAAAGAAAAAUUAAAUGAUUAUUAGUUCUAAAUAGAAAUAAAAGCAUUGAUAAAAGGCAUUUCCUUAA